UCGUACAAAAGAGAAGGAUGGAGAAAGCGAGAGGAGCGGGAGGGGGCAGCAAGCAGCAGAGUGUUGGGAUGGGAGGGAGGAAUUUCAACAAAAAAAAAUAAAAAAAAAAUAAUAAGUUGAAGCCAGAAGAUGCUCACGUUUGACUCCCCUCAAUUAUCCCCUCCCGUGAAGAUAGGUGGCGUGCGUUUCAGGGGGCUUCUCCUCCGUGCGCACGGCAAAGAAAAGGAGGUGGAAAGAAAAAAAAUGUCAUUAGAAGAGGCGGAACACGUCAGUCCCGACCCAGGUUUGUUUCCUGGAGUGGGUGUAAGACAUCAGUUGUAAACCUGCCCGAGCAGGACGCGCGCUCCCUCCCUCCUCCCAACCACUAGCAGGCUUUAUUUCUAAGGCUUUAUUAUCACCGCUGGACCGGGGAUCCGCUCACCGCCGCUCUGCAGUGUGUCACCGGACCGUCGCCGCUGCAAGCAGUGCAGAGGACGAGCAGACAUCAAGGGUUCGAGUCCAUGCGAGCCGUCUGAGCCCACACACACGCUUUCCCGAUGAGGCAGGAGAUGAUGGCGGAGGGGCCACGGUGCAAGCGGCGAAAACAGGCCAACCCGAGACGGAAAAACGCAGCUCUCAACUACGAGAACGUGGUGGAAACCGGGUCCGAAACCGAAGAGGAGGACAAGCUGCAAGUGUCGGAGGAAGACCCGCUGAUUAACGGCACCGGAAGCCCGGCCAGCCUCGUUAAUGUCGAGUCAUCGCCACGCACAGAGAACCACAGGUUGCCCACCAAGGAGGAGGACGACGACGAGAUGCGGGACAGCGGCGUGGAGCACAUCUGGCCUGACAGUGACAUGCUCAGUGCCUCAGUGGACGGUACCGAUGAAAUGAAAGAUGAUUUCGAUACUUUGGGGCCCGACACCGCUUUGCAGGCAAUUGGAAAUGGUACAGUCAAGAGCGUGGAUUGCACUUCAGAGUUUGAGGACUUCUUCGCCAAGCGGAAGCUGGAUGACAGCGACAGCCAUGUAGUGAGCAUUGCCGAGUAUCUCCAGCGAGGGGAUACCGCUAUCAUCUACCCAGAAGCCCCGGAAGAGCUGUCGCGCCUCGGGACCCCCGAGGCAGCGGGGCCAGAGGAGAACGACCUGCCACCUGGAACGCCAGAUGCCUUCGCCCAACUGUUGACCUGCCCCUAUUGCGACCGGGGCUACAAGCGCUUGACAUCGCUGAAGGAGCACAUCAAGUACCGCCAUGAGAAGAACGAGGAGAACUUCGCCUGCCCCUUGUGCAACUACACGUUCGCGUACCGCACUCAGCUCGAGCGACAUAUGGCCACGCACAAGCCUGCAAGGGAUCAGCACCAACUGCUGAACCAAGCGGCCGGCAACCGCAAGUUCAAGUGCACUGAGUGCGGUAAGGCCUUCAAGUACAAGCACCACCUUAAGGAACACCUCCGCAUCCACAGUGGUGAAAAACCCUACGAAUGCCCCAACUGCAAAAAGCGUUUCUCGCACUCCGGAUCCUACAGUUCGCAUAUCAGCAGCAAGAAGUGCAUCGGCCUCAUCGCCGUCAACGGCAGGAUGCGCGGCAACAUGAAGACAGGCUCCUCCCCCACCUCCGCCUCCUCCUCCCCCACAAACACUGCCAUCACUCAGCUGCGACAAAAGCUGGAAAACGGCAAACCACUCGGUCUCUCCGACCACAACAACCACUUGAGCAUCAAGACCGAGCCGGUGGACUUCAACGACUACAAGCUGAUGAUGGCCUCACACGGAUUUGGUGCUCCCGGGCCUUUCAUGAACGGUGUCGUGAGGGGGGACAGUCCCCUCGGGGGUCACCACAACUCCACAGCCCAGAGCCCACUGCAGCACUUAGGAAUGCCCGGGCUGGAGUCGCAGCUCCUCGGCUACCCGGGCUCACUGGUAAACAACCUGAGCGAGGUUCAGAAGGUCCUGCAGAUUGUGGACAACACUGUAUGUCGGCAGAAAAUGGACUGCAAGCCAGAGGAGCUGUCCAGGCUCACAGCCUACAUGAAGGAACUGGGCUCGCAAGUGGAGGAGCAAAAACAGGGCCUGACGUCGCCAGGUGGGCCUCAGGUCAGUCUUCCGCUCGUCAAUCACAACGGCGCCACCAAAAGCAUUAUCGACUACACGCUAGAGAAGGUCAACGAAGCCAAAGCCUGUCUCCAGAGCUUGACCACAGACUCGAAGAGACAGAUUAGCAAUAUCAAACGGGAAAAAUCCAAUCACAUGCUGGAUGGCAUCGUGGAGGACAAGGCUACAGAAAACAACAUGUUCACGCCGUACGCAUGUCAGUACUGCAAAGAAACCUUCCCGGGUCCGAUCCCGCUCCAUCAGCACGAGCGCUAUUUGUGCAAAAUGAACGAGGAGAUCAAAGCUGUGCUCCAGCCCACUGAAAACCUGAUGCCCAACAAACCGGGAAUAUUCAUGGAAAAGAACGCCCUUCUGGCUUCUUCCAUGUUGACUGAGAAGGGACUGACGGGACCCCUUCACCCCUACAGGGACCACAUGUCUGUGUUGAAGGCGUAUUUCGCCAUGAAUAUGGAGCCCAACUCGGAGGAACUGCUCAAGAUCUCCAUCGCAGUUGGCCUUCCUCAGGAAUUUGUGAAAGAAUGGUUUGAUCAGCGUAAGAUGUUCCAAUACGGCAGCGACAGAACUCCGCCCCUGGAGCACAAGAACGGCACUGAAAUGGUUGUCGGAACAAGUAACCACCACAGUCCCCGCAAAGAUCAACUGGUGUCCCGAUCGCCCGUGUCUCUAAUCAAACCGAGCGACUGCACGGCGUCCCCGGCGGCGGCCGAACUCCAACUCAACAACAACUGUGACAAUUCCCUCAGACAUUUCAAAAACCACCAGUUUGGCUCCGCCAAAGCCGUGGGUGACAAGUUGGACCAUUCCCGGAGCAACACGCCAUCGCCGCUGAACCUGUCGUCCACAUCGUCCAAACAUUCGCACAGUAGUUCGUACACCCCCAACAGCCUGGCGUCCGAGGACCUGCAGGCCGAGCCGCUGGAUCUUUCUCUUCCGCGACUCAUCAAGGAACCCAAACACGCACUGACCGUGAAGAGCCGACCCAAAGUAAACAGCGUUACUAUCGAGCCCAGCAGCGUCCCGUCACCACGCGAGCACUUCGAAGAGCCCCUUAACCUCGCCUAUCUCAAGAAGGAGUUUUCCGCCUCCGCCAACAACGGCAACAUGGAGAAAAGCACUAGCCCCCUCUUUGGCAUCAACCCCUUUGCCGCUAAACCGUUGUACACGUCACUUCCCCCUCAGAGCGCUUUCCCACCAGCCACGUUCAUGCCGCCGAUGCAGGCCAGCAUUCCAGGACUCAGGCCCUAUCCCGGCAUGGAUCAGAUGAGUUUCCUACCACACAUGGCCUACACGUACGCGGCUGGCGCCGCUACCUUUGCUGAGAUGCAGCAGCGGAGAAAAUACCAGCGGAAACCGGGUUUCCAGGGUGACCUACUCGACGCCACAGCCGAUUACAUGUCAGGGCUGGACGACAUGACAGACCCCGACUCCUGUCUGUCGCGGAAGAAGAUUAAGAAGACUGAAAGUGGUAUGUACGCGUGUGACUUGUGCGACAAAACAUUCCAGAAGAGCAGUUCCCUUCUCAGACACAAAUAUGAACACACAGGCAAACGGCCGCACCAGUGCCAGAUCUGCAAGAAGGCCUUCAAACACAAGCACCAUCUCAUCGAGCACUCGCGCCUUCACUCGGGCGAGAAACCCUACCAGUGCGAUAAGUGCGGCAAAAGGUUCUCGCACUCGGGUUCCUACUCGCAGCACAUGAACCACCGCUACUCGUACUGCAAGCGCGAGGCGGAGGAGCGCGAGGCGGCCGAGAGGGAGGCCCGCGAGAAGGGCCACAUGGAGCCCACGGAGCUACUAAUGAGCCGGGCGUACUUGCAGGGCAUCACACCUCAGGGUUAUCCCGAGUUAGCCGAGCGCGAGGCUAUAUUGCGGCAUGACGGCGUCAACGGAGGCAUCAUAGAGGGACGUAAGGAAGUGGAUGAAACGUACGCCAAGAUGGGACGCAGGGAGGACGAGUUUGAGGAGGAGGAGGAGGAAAGCAAGAGCAUGGACACGGACCCGGACACGUUGAGGGACGAAGAGGACAACGGAGAGCACUCGAUGGACGAUAGCUCGCUGGAUGGCAAAAUGGAAACCAAAUCGGAUCACGAGGACGCCAUGGAGGACGCGAUGUAGUCAGCUUCCCACGUUUGACGUUUUUCGUCCACUUCAGUAUUCUUACCUGCUCGGUUUAAGACGUGACAUUUUAAACCGUGUGCGUGCACGUGCCUGAAGCUUCCGGGAAGCUUUGACCGCUAAAUCAAUGAAGCGGCGGUGACGGUGGAGGGGGGGAAGGGGGGAGAGGUUUGUGACAGGAGCUGCAUUAUGCAAACCCAACAAAGAAUUAAUACAUUUGGAAAAAUGUACAGUCCUAUGGCCUAAACAUGCGUGUGGUGCUAACCUCCCCCCCCCCCGACCGUGUUCCAUAGUAUUUAUAGCACAAACGGUGACUUGUACAAAUUGCACUCCGCUUCUAUAAUCAUGAAGGAAAAAAAAAAAGAAAAAGUAUUGCCUAUGUAUAUAUUUAUAUGGUGUCGGAACAAGAGCAGUGGCGCCCGCGCCCCCUUCAAGUCGUCGGUGUUUGUCGUCACCCACCUUUGGUUCCGCCACCCGCAGCCACACUGUGUCAGGCCUCCAAUCAUUAAGACUGUGAAGGAUGUGGGUCAGAGCAAGAGGACCAGCUCGUGGCACCUCCUUAAGGGAAAAUUUGGGUUCUGGACUUUAUGGAUGCUUUACGGGAGGGGGGGUGGGAGGUGGGGCGUAAAUGAAGGAUGAAGCCUUUGUGAGGUGUUUUUUUUUGUUUUUUUUUUGUUUUUUUUUUUCAAAAAAAGAAGCCUUAUAUGCAAACCUUUUAACCUGUGUGUUCUCUGCAAGUGCCACCCUCGUAUUGUGUCAAGGAAGGUUACUUUUUUUUUUUUUUUUUUUUUCACCAGCUUCAGUAUUAUGGGAUGGUUUACCGUUGUUCUCUGCAGCACCCGUGUCAGUAUUAAGACCUUAGGCAGCAGUUACUUAGUUUACAUUAUGUUGUGCAAUGUUUAUUUGUCAGUGUUACACCAAACCUCUUCUUUUCUUUUUUUUUUUUUUUUUUGGAAUACAACAAAUUGCAUUCAUCUUAUUUGUAGGUUGGAAAAAAAGAUUAUUUAUGUGGCCCAUUUUAUAUUUCCUAAUUUUAUUUAUUUCAUACUGUUGUGUACAGUACUAUAGGUCUUCAAUAUAUAGAUAUAUUUUAGUAAAAAGGAACAUGUGUCGAUCAUAGGGCAAAUUUUACGUAAGAGAGCAUUUAUUGUGUUUUGAAACAUUGUGAAAUGCGAAGUUUAAUUUUAUUUUAUUUCCUCAAUUUUCCACAUAAUGGAAAAUUUCAAAUUUGGGAACUUUUAUACAAUUGUGAAAACACUGUAUUUUCGACUGAAAAAAAAUUCCACUUUCUUCAUCUUUCUUUCCUUUUUUUUAAGCUAAAAAAUGAAGAGGGACUGUUAAAUACUAUGUAUGAUAUCAUGACUGAAGAAGAAUCUUUCCUGAAAUGUCUUUGUAAAAGUAUUAUUGAAUUCUUGAUUUGUAAUUUCUCUUGAAAAUGACCCUGCUCGAAUAAAAGUAGCCAAAUUACAAAAUACCAAACCCUUGCCGCGUCCUCUUUGUUUUGUGGCAUGACACUCCAUCCAUCCAUCAUCCAUUGCUGGCAUUACGUUACAUUUUUGUUUGCAUCAUGAACGCAUCAUGACAAGCCACGCCUCUCCGUUAUGACGUCAAACGGACUCCCAGUAUAAAGCACCCCCCUCACAGCCACACACAGUCUGACACUAUUAAAUAAUUUUACUCUUCUAUCACUUUACAAUUUUAUGAUUUAAUUCUUACCGGAACAUAAACAUAAACACGUCUUUAGUCCGCUCGUCCUGACAGCAACACUUCCUGGUUCUGAGGCGCAUUCAGGGACACUCCGUGCCUUUUACCAGGCGUGUAUGUGUGGUCCAAAUAGACAAAAAAACAAAGAAGAACA